GGCCGUGCUCCCUCUGUCCGGCCGUGUUCCCGCUGUCCGGCCAUGCCGUUCUCGGCUCAGCCUCCGGCCAGCGGUGAGCGGUACGCGCUGUCCGCCAGCCUGGACAAUGCCCGGCACCUGUCCAGCCUCCUGCGGGCCGUGCACUUCCAGGACUACGCCACCUGCUUCGCCACGGCCAGCGGGCUGCGGGUGACGGUGGAGGAUGCCAAGUGCAUCCAGGCCAACGCCUUCAUCCAGGCAGAAAUUUUCCAGGAAUUUUCUGUUCAGGAGGAAUCAGUGAUGUUCCGAGUCAGUUUGUCUGUUCUUCUGGACUGCCUGACCAUUUUUGGAACCAGCUCCUUGCCAGGAACAUCCACAGCCCUUAGAAUGUGUUAUCGUGGUUAUGGGCAUCCCUUGAUGCUGUUCUUGGAAGAAGGAGGAGUAGUGACAGUGUGCAAAAUCCACACUCAGGAGCCUGAUGAGUUGUUAGAUUUUGAUUUCUGCAGUACAAAGGUUGUUAAUAAAAUUAUCCUGCAGUCAGAGGGACUGCGAGAAGCAUUUGCUGAACUGGAUAUGACCAGCGAGGUUCUGCAGAUUACCAUGUCUCCAGAUAAACCCUACUUCAGGUUAUCCACUUUUGGAAAUGCUGGAAGUGCACAUGUGGACUACCCUAGGGAUUCUGAUUUGAUGGAAGCAUUCCACUGUAACCAGACCCAGACAAAYAGGUACAAGAUUUCUUUGCUUAAACCAUCCACAAAGGCACUGGCUUUGUCUUGUAAAGUGUCCAUUCGAACAGAUGCUCAAGGAUUUCUUUCACUGCAGUAUAUGAUUAGGAAUGAAGAUGGACAGAUCUGUUUUGUGGAAUACUAUUGUAGCCCUGAUGAGAAUAUCACUGAAGCAGAACUGUAGGUGUGUGUGCUGGCAUCUGUAAUGUAUUUUUUGUUUAUAUAAGAUACUAUAUUUUUUUACAAAACUAAAUGAAAGCUGUGAAAAUUGAUAGAUUUAAUAUUGUCUUUUUUUAACUCUGUAAUAAGGAACCUGAAGAUUUUAGUUUUCUUCCACUGCAAACAUGUCUUAGUCUUGAUUUAAACUGAAGCUGAAAAAACAAAAAAGGGAGUUGAUGUCUUGUUGACACUGCUUCUUGCACAGAUGUUAAAGUAGUGUUUGUGUAAGGCAUUGAUGCUUUUUACGAUGUUCUCAAUGAAUUUUUGUUUGUGUUUUGUUUUUUGUCUUUGGCUUCUAGUAAGCAAUUACACAUGGGAACAUCUGAGUACUAGCUAUAUAUUAGCUAGAUCACUUUCAGUGCCCUACAACCAAAUUUGUCUUGAAAGAGGGUAAUAACAUUUUCAAACUGAUGUCUUAAUAGCAACAGGUAGUUUCCUUCUGGCAAAUGCUGGCAUAUUUUGUCAGUGAGCCACUAGGCUUCUUUUCAUCUUGAUUAAUUCUUAACUCAAUUCCUUGGAAUUCUUAACUUGGAAUUUUUCGGAAUUUCAUCUGACACCAAUUUACCAUUUUGUCUGCAAACUGAUGUUGAAUUGGUAAAUUGAUACAGAAGCCAGGAUUUACUUACUCAUUAGUCAUACUGUUCUGGCAACAUCAUUGUUUUGGAUCAGUAGUUUAUUACGCAUCUGCCAGAAUGCUGCAGCUGAAGUAUUUGUGUAUAUUCAUGUCCCUGUUCCUACCCUGCUGCACUCUAUUAAUACUGUUAAAAAUUGUAAGAGAGAAAAAUUUCAUAUUUAAAACUAUUUAUGAAAUUUGUUUGCCUGCUCAGUAGCCUUUUUCAGCAACAGGAAUCGCUUGUAAACUGCAGCAUCUGCCUAUGUCCCAUGGAGCGGUGGAUUCAUAUCACUGCUAAAAAUGGGACUGACCCUAUACUGGCUGGUACGAGUGUGGCUCCUGGGCAGUUGGGUGCCGUGUCCCACCUUCAGAACAGCAAGUGGGUUGUGUUUAGGUCAGAAGCCCACUUGUUCUUUCACACCAAACAACCUGCUCAGAACAGAAGGUAUCUGGGACCAGCCAGGCACUGGACUGGAUGCAGAGUCUGCAAAUCACACACAGAGACUGAGCCCUCCCUACUGUGGGAUGUGAUCCAAGAGUCAGCAAUCUGCAGAUAGUUUCUACAACUUUAGACUGUGRCCAAGUUUUGUUGCUUGUCAGAUGAGGUUCCUAUGUUUUCUGUGGAAAACUGUGUGUGUUACCAAGUUGAUUGCUCCUCAGUUCAACAGAACCCUUUGGGUUUAUUUUAAGUUUACUGCUUAAACUUAAAAUGUUUUUGUGAAUAAUGUUACAAUGUUUUUCAUCUCUUGCUUAUGUCAUCAAGAGUAUACUUUCAGAAUGCACAGUGUUAGCAUUUUUGUUGUUUUGUUGUUCACUUUUGUUGUUUUCUGUGCAAAUCAUCCAUUUAUUGCAAUAAAGUUUACAUUUGACAAACAAUUACACAUUC